AUGGCGACAGAAGAUGAUAACUUCGAUAUUGACAUCUACGGAGAUGGCGGUGGCUUUAACGUGAACGAUCAGGGUGACUUCAAGCAGGAUGGUGAAGAUUUGGAGAUAGACCCCCCUCAGACUGCAUCUGAGGCACCGACAAACAACAUAUCGGCAGAAUCCAAACCUCAGGCCGAACCGGCACCCGCCGCAAAUGGCGACCAUACCAUGUCCCACCACCAGACUCCGAUGCAGGAGGCUCCGGCAGCACCACACGGUGUCAAGCGCAAGGAAUAUGAUGACCGACAGUCAGAUCCCGAUGCGACCACAGCUUUGCUCAUCUCAGACCUCUUCUGGUGGACAACAGACGACGAUAUCCGUGGCUGGGUAAAUCAGGCCCAUAGUGAGGACGAGCUCAAAGAUGUGACAUUCAGUGAACACAAGGUCAACGGCAAGAGCAAGGGCCAAGCCUUCGUGGAGUUCACCACCACCCAGGCCGCGACGGCUACUAAGCACCUGCUCGAGAACGCCGGCGCAUCUGGCCGCAAGCACACGGUCAACUACACCAACCCACACGCCAAUCCAUUCCGCACACUUCCAAAGGACGCCCCGAUGCGCAAGGAUGCUAACCGGACUGGCGGCUUCAACGCCGGCGGCAACCAGAACAUGAACUUUGGCGGCGCCAGCGGCGGCGGUGGCGGCGGCAUGAAUAUGGGCGGCGGAUUCCGUGGUGGCCGAGGCGGUUACAACAACCGCGGGAUGGGCGGCAACAUGGGUAACUUCAACAACCGCAAUAACUUCAAUAACAAUGUGGGUGGGUUUCAGGGUGGUUCUGGACCGGGUGGUGCGAUGAUGGGUGGCUUCCAGGGAGCACCUAUGGGUGGCAUGCAGAAUUACGGGUUCAAUAACCGGGGCGGUAUGAUGGGCGGCAUGCGCGGUGGUCCCGGUGGCAUGCGCGGUGGCCGCGGCGGAAACAUGGGCGGUUCUGGCAUGAUGGGCAUGCCCGGCAUGAACCCUAUGGGCGGCAUGGGUAUGAAUCCUAUGGCUGGGGGAAUGAACCCAAUGAUGGGUGGUAUGGGCAGCAACAUGGGCAUGCAGGGCUUCCAAGGCCCCAAUCCUGCAUUCAACCAGAACUUUUUCAAUGCCAACCAAGGAGGCGGUGACGCCUCAUGGAACCCCCACGGCGCAAAGCGCAGUCGCCAAGAGUGA